AUGGGGACGUCGUUUCUUCUCACUCCAUCUCCAUUUCCAGCCCAAGCAUUAGGAGAUCCAUCUGUGACAAUUGAACAAGUAACUCCUCCUGUUUUAACUUCGGGUGCACUCUUCCCUGCCGAGGAACGAAUUGUCCAACUGUUUGAGAAGAACACUUACUCUGUUGUCAACAUUUUUGAUGUAACAUUGCGCCCACAACUAAAUGUAACUGGCAUGGUCGAGAUACCUGAGGGGAAUGGUUCUGGGGUGGUCUGGGAUGGACAGGGGCACAUUGUGACGAAUUAUCAUGGAAAUGCCCUUUCAAGAAAUCCAAGCCCUGGGCAAGUUGUUGCACGAGUUAAUAUUCUUGCAUCAGAAGGGUUACAAAAGAACUUUGAGGGUAAGUUGGUUGGCGCUGACCGGGCAAAGGACCUUGCUGUCUUGAAGGUAGAAGCAUCUGAAGAUCUGUUAAAGCCAAUUAAGGUGGGGCAAUCUUCCUCUCUGAGAGUUGGCCAGCAGUGUCUAGCAAUUGGAAAUCCAUUUGGCUUUGAUCACACUCUCACUGUUGGGGUUAUUAGUGGACUGAAUCGAGACAUUUCCAGUCAAGCUGGAGUUACAGUUGGUGGUGGAAUUCAAACAGAUGCGGCAAUCAAUCCUGGGAAUAGUGGAGGUCCAUUGUUGGAUUCUAAAGGAAAUUUAAUUGGCAUUAAUACGGCAAUAUUUACGCGGACAGGGACAUCAGCUGGUGUAGGGUUUGCCAUCCCAUCUUCAACAGUACUCAAGAUUGCACCGCAGUUAAUCCAAUUUAGUAAAGUUGUUCGAGCUGGUUUGAAUGUUGAUAUUGCUCCUGAUCUGAUAGCAAAUCAACUUAAUGUUCGAAAUGGAGCUCUUAUCCUGCAGGUGCCUAGAAAUAGUCUUGCAGCCAAGGCUGGAUUGGUACCUACUGCAAGAGGUUUUGCUGGAAACAUUGUACUUGGGGACAUUAUUGUUGCUGUAGACAACAAACCUGUUAAAAACAAAGCAGGGUUGGACAAAGUGCUGGAUGAUUAUAAUGUGGGAGAUAGAGUACUGUUGAGGAUUCAUAGGAGCAGUGAGGAUCUGGAGGUGCCUGUAAUUCUAGAGGAGAAGAGUUAA